AGAGGUAUGCUAACCUAAAACUGAAAGCGAAAUUAAAAUGUUAUAAUGUUAUAAUUUUAUGCCCACAUGAUACUUUUAAUAUAAUUAGGCCUCUAGAUGUAAUGCUUGAUGUAACCAAAAUACAUUUCAUAAAUAAAAUGCCCAGUGAAAAUUCAUGCUAAUUAAGUAGGCACAUUUAAAAUAAAACAAAUCUUUCACAUAAGUCAUUGAGACUUAUUAUUGUGGUUAAAAAUGGGGACGCCUGCCACUUUUUUUCGAAUUUCACGAAUCACGAAUGUAUCCCUAAAUCGAUCCCUAUGCCUAACCUGAACCCUAAAUCAAUCCCAAUGCCUAAACUGAACCCUAAAUCGACCCCUAUGCCUAACCUGAACCCUAAAUCGAUCCCUAAACCUAACCUAAACCCUAAUUCACUGCAACUAUAAUAAAGACACAAAUGACAAAAGAUGCCGUGGCAGCCGUCCUCGGUUUUAGCCGUAAUUGUAAUUGUUAUAUUUUAUUAUUUGUUUUUUGUUAAACUGAUACUGAUAGUAGUAGUGACGUUUAGUAGUGAUACUCAGACUAUCAAUGAUGUAUGAGAGAUAUUAGUGAUAAUCAGUGUGAGCUACUUAGGCUACUAGUGUGAGUUUGUUAGCAAUAGAACUAAAAUUGAGCGCAGCGUUUUUGGGUAGACCUACAUACUUUACUAAAAUGAGUACAGACACUAGUAUUAGUAUUGUAUGCAACACUCACACUGUUAACAAAGUGUAAGUAGUGUAAUUACUAAUUAGGCAGAACCAUCGCAUGCCUCUUGGACAUCCCAUCCCCUGCCACUUAUCGGUUUGUGCCCCUUGCAUACAAAGUUCAUAGGGUUUAAAUUUUGGGAAUUCUUCUAACACCGGCCCAAAUUCAAAACAUAAUCACAUGGAAUGAGCAGUUACUUUGUCAGUUCAAUGUUUUCCAUGAGUAAAUGGUCAAAUGUGAUUAAUAAUUGUCACUCAACAAGUUUAAUAAUGUUUUACUAGCGCUUGGUCAAAAAUGAUAAUUGUCACUCUACAACUUCAAAUACUGUCAGAAAACAUGUUCAAAUUGUCUUCUUUUUUUUUAUUUGUGAAAGAGCCCCUGGAAAGCAUACAAGUAAAUUGGAAACAAGUUACGGUUUGGUCCACAUUGAUAAACUUUGAGGAAUUGGGGAAGAUGUUACUGGUCGAUGUUGGUUGGAAAUUGUAGCGCUGAGCUGAGAAAUACGACAAUACUUGUACGCAUUAUAACUGAUUAUGCCUUUCCAGGAAAUGUAAUUGUUACUGAUACAAAAGGGUGGCUAUGCUGAUGUCGAUGUCAAUCUAAUCAAUAACUGAGUUUAUUAGCAUGAUGUCAUAGUGCAUGCCCAAGAUUUCAUACAUCCUGUUCACCCAGAAAUCCAGACUCAGAUUAUGAAGGGAAUUUGGAUGCAGGCCAAUGGUAAAUUGCGUUAUUAAAGUGGAACAAGCCGUAGCCUGUUUCCAAGCUAAUUACGUGCUUUCCAGUUGCGCUAUAGCCACAAUGAACAUGUUUUCAGGCAGUAUUUAUUCCUUAUAGUUGUUGAGUGACAAUUAUCACAUUUGAUCAUGUACUUGGUAAAACAUCAUUAAACUGCCAAAGUAACUUCUCAUUUGAUGUGUUUUAAUAGUGUUUUGAAUUUCAGACCGGCGUUAAAGGAUUGCCUAAAUUUUUUACCCAUCAUAACAUUGGACACUUAACCUUAAAAAUUAUCAGAGACCCACUGCAGCUGUAGGAGCUGCAGGGCCCAUGAGCAGCUCUGCUGUAGGCCAUGUCCAGAGUCCUGCGACACACUACAAGAAAACUCAUGAAACUAACAUGAGCCAGUAGAAAUUUUAUACCAAAUAAUAUAGCUAAUACUAAUACUAAUAUUAAAUUAAUAAUUAUAAAGAUAAAAAAAUUAAAUAUGAAACAGAAAAAUUAAAUAUAAAUAAGCUUCAGUUGCAAUAUCAACAUAAGAAAAUCAUCAUCAUGUCCCUUAAGUCCGUGGACCGAUGGGGCGCCACAGAUGACAUGUGAACUAUCCUCCUCCAUUCGUCUCUGUCUUCUGCAUUACGCACAGCAUCGCCCAGUGUUAGUCCUGUCCACUCUUUGAUGUUAUCCUCCCAUCUUUUUCUUUGUCUUCCUCCCACCUCUUGUGGUGCCCUGCAAUAUUUCUUUGGCAAGCCCUUGUUUCCUUGUUACGUGGCCGUACCAUUGUAGUAGAACGUUUUUUCACAGUCACCAGUAGGUCAUCGUACUCCCCCAUUGCCUGGCGAACCCUUUUUUUUCACUGUAUCAUUGGAGAUAUGGUCCCUAUAGCAGAUGCCAAAAAUGCUUCUGAAGCAUCUUAUCCCCAACGCCUUUAUUUUCCUUUCAAGAUCUGCUGUUAAGAAAAUACAGAAACAUAAGAUCAUACGAAUUCUCUCUCCUAAAUUUAGGCUUAGAAGAUUUCAAAAUUCUUUUGUUCCCCAGUCUGUAUGAAUUUACCAGCAUGCUUCCCCAAUGGUUACCAAAUCUAAAUGAUCACUAAUUAAGUAAACAGUUUCACUAAGGGAGUAUAUUUAGGACUAAUUUCCAUGCUAUAGAAAUACUUUAGAUAGUUGUCUUGUGUUUAAAUUGAUAUAAUUAUCGAAUGUUGUCUUGGUUCAAGUAUGUAUUUAUUUAUGUGCUGAAAAUCAAUAAAUAUGUACAUUGAAAUGAUAAAAAAAAAAUUUGCUUUUAUUUGGAACAAUAAAUGAAUCUUGUCUUAUAAUGAAGCAAUCAUGCUUUAAACUUAGUGGAGUGGUUAAUUGCAGUCAGAAUCUAAACUAAUAACCUCAAAUUGAGUUCUCAGCAACAAAUACAUUAUAUCUAUGAUUUAUGUUUGCAGCUAAACAUACAUUAUCUCGUCAGUUAUUGAAUAAACAUUUUUUUUUCCCUUUAUAUUUUUUAAAUACUGAUUCCAAACUUUCGACAUAUCAAAUAUAGUUGAUAUGUGAAUAUUUGAUAUGUGACUGCAUGCAUAAGUUUGUUAGCUUGGUUAGGAGCUAAUUAUUGUUAUCUUUCUAUGAAACAUACUUUUACAAUAUUGAUGUCAAUGAUUUACCCGUCUUAAACUCUGAACUUUUAUUGGAGGCAUUAUGUUGUGGCACACUUUGAACCUUCUUGCAACUAACAAGUUGCAGAGCUCUAGUGUAAAUUAUCAUGUCUCACUCUGUCUAUACUUAGAUUAAACUAGUAUAUACUCUGUAGAAAGUAAUAAACUAGCAUGUCCUACUGUCUAUACUUGGAAUAAACUAGUCAAUAAUUUAUAACAAGUACAUAGUUGACUGGGUGAUUAACUCACUGACUAACUUUAUAAAGGAUUCAUCUAUUUUAGAAAACUCUGACCAUGAAGAAAGCUAAACAAACAGCAUUGUUAGACAAGGCUCACUUGUGGACAGUAAGGACUAUGAUGGGAAUAACAGUGGCUGGUUCUAUAUUGUUAACUUAUCAGAUCUUUAGCUAUUUUUCAAGUAAGUAUGCAUAAUAUUUUACUUAUUAAUGUUUUGAGUAAUAACUUAAAUGCAGCGAAAAAGACUGCAGUAACAGUAUAAGCAGGUUUCCUGAUGCUGGAAAUUAUUACACUAUUUCAUAUUUAGGUAACAAAUUUGUUUGAACAUCUUUCAGACGUAAGGCCAACAAGACUUGAAGAGAAAAGAAAAGUUAAAGAAAUUGAGAUAGCUUUGGAGCAACAGGAAAAAGAAGCAGAAUUACUGAGGCGGCAGAAAGAAGCAGAGCAGGUCUUGAGAUAUUGAUUACUAGAGUCUCUAGUAGUUUUUGUUCUUUCAAAAAACAAGUAGCAAAUAAAUUAAAUUAACUAGUGAAACUGAUGGGCUUCUAAAUAAAAAGACAAAUUUGAAGAGUACAAAGAUACAUUUAGUGCAGUGGUUUUCUCUGAUCAUUUGCUACGGCGGGAUUCUUUAGUUGAGCGCAGCUCGUCUUCUUAUAUAAAAAAAACAUGGUAUCUGUAUUGCCACAAACUGAUUUUAAAGCCAAGUGGAACUGUGAGUAGUGUCAAAAAAUAAAAUCCUGUUCAGUCUGGAUAUUUUUUAUUAUAAGGAAUGCAAUGGCAUUUAUGUAAAAAAAAAAUGUGUUUAUGCAACACAAAAACACUAGCAUUUUAAGAUGUUCAUUAACAACUCUAGUUGACGUGAAUGUAAUUAUCUCCUUGUAAAAUUUUAGUUUUUACUAAAGCAAGACCAUAAAUAUGAAACUAUAAUUUCAACCACGCUGGGUAAAAUGUGCUGAGAGCUUUGUGUGAGGUUUCUUUAUUGCAUGUUAUAUUUUGGUAUAAAUGUAAUGAAAAUGUCAUAAGGUAAUGUUUUGCAAGAAAUGCAUUGUUCCUUUGUCUCAAAUGAUAACGUUAAUUGUCAAAUGGAUUUUUAUUUCAGUAAUAAAAUAUAAAAAAUAAAUGGAAGCCUGCAAACUACGAAUAUUCAUUUCAUUACUUGUUUUAAAAGUUAUCUAUGAAAAGUUUCAGUCUUGUCGGAAAAAAAAAAAAUCAGUUAAAAUAUAACUUGUUUUAGAAGAUACUGUUUUAACUACAGCAGGGGUUACUUUGGUUAUUUGUGGUGUGGGUAGAGCAGCCACAGUAAUUCUGUGCUGCUGGAGAUACAUGAGGAGGCGAGGUAAGCUUAAAUGGACUGUAAGUGUGUUGGGUGAAGAAUUCUAUUUUAUUAUUUUCAAUCCGUGAUGACCAAUUUAGGUGAUUUCCAUCAUCUUUUCACUCUAAUCAUGACAUUUAAAAGUAUUUUUAUGACAUUGCGAAUCAUACAGUAUUGAAAACUUGUACAGGUGAAACAAAACAAUUAAGUUCAAGGAAACCAAAAUUUUUAGGUAUAAAAUUGUUUAUUUAUUCCUAGUCAAUAAACAUUCACAAAAUUCGGUUAGCAGCUACAAAUUUUAAUGAGAAUAACAACAUUCAACAGUAGUUUUAAAUUAACUCAAUAUAUGACAUUUUUUACAAAUUAGUCUUCUAGCAUUCAAAAUCUUAAAUGCUUUUUUGUAUUACUUUACAACCCAUAAUGUUUUAAAAGUACAACACUGAUUUUUGCUUAUUAAAAAGAAAUGUACGAUAAACAUUGCACUGAGAAAUUAUAUACACCAUAUAAUCUGUUAACAAUGUGACAGUGAAUACCCAUAAAAACUUGCUUUAAAAACCUUCUAACAAGAACUAUCACAAUAAAACUUGUUUGUUUGUUGGUGUGUCAUUAAAUAUGAACAGUUUAUCCUGUCCGUCACAGAUUUUUAAAAUCUUUUCUUUUAAUAUGAAGGCAAGAUAUCUUGUUUCAAAAUCACAAACAAGUCUUGAAAUGUGUAUGGUUUAAAUUAACUGUAAAUGUGUCUUACAAUUGGUCACACAUUUUGUUGUAGUCCCAUUAGAAAAUUCAAUUAACAAUUUAAAGAUCCAUAUAAACAAAUAUUCUGUACAGUAACCAAACAGCAACUUGUGCAAUUUAUUGCAAUUUUUUUUCCCAGCCUGGACAGAAUGAACUGAAAUUGAAAAUGGCUUUUAAUAUGACCCUUUGAAAAAAAUUAUUUAAAGUUCAAAUAGUGCUGUUACCCAAACUUGUGACCACAGAAUUUUAAAAUCAUAUAUCAAAUUAUUUUUGUUAGUAGUGAGCUAUGUGAAUUAUACUCUUUAAAAAUGGGGGCGGAGGGGGGGUGUCUAUAGCUAGGAAAUGUUAGGGAUCCAUCCAAUCCAAUGAUUUAAUUGAACUCUCUUGAGAACUUUUUUAACACAUCUGCAGACUGCAUUACUCAAAUGCUACUGUUUCAAAGAGAGCACUGUGUGAUAAUUUUUGCUAGUAAACUUCAGACAUCUGUGCGGCAUGGAGGGAAAGUGAUUCAGCUUAUUGAAUACACUUGGCAUUAACAACGGUUUUAGAAUUGGCACAUCACCAAAUUUAAAAAAAAACAACAAUUCAUGAGUGAUAAUUGAACAAAAUUUACAACAACUUACUGUAAGUUAAAUUUAAAAUGUACAAUGGGAAACAAAUAUAGAAUGUUGUACAAGAUAGAUCCUCAUCCUUCCCUUCCCACAGCUCAAAUAUAUAAUGGCAUUGUAAUUGUAUAGAUGAAAAAAAGAUGAUUGAAUUACAGAUUUCAGGGUUAAUGAAAAAUUGAUACCCAUCCAUAAUGAAAUGGACCAAACUGAAAAAUAAAUACAACUUAAAAUUAUUUUCCAGUGAACAGGAUAUAAAGAAUAAUUAUUUAGCUUUCAAAAAAAUAUUUUUUUUACUAAAUGUUAUAAUUUUUUAGUAACUAAAUUAGAAUUUGCUACAUAGUAACAAAUGUGCAUUUAGUAACUUUAAAAAAAAAAAAAGUUUUACAGUACCCUAUUCCAUUAAAAAAACAAAUCAUUAGUUGUAAUUGAUCUGGUAAUCAUUUCCAAACAAUAAUAGUAACUGUCAUUAUUCAAAAUUUCACUGACAAAAAAUAUUUAGGCAAAAAAUGUCUUAAAGCCCCAUUACAACAUUGAACAUUUGUUUGCACCAACAAAUACAGAAUUCUAAAAGACCAUUGUAGUAACAAUACUGAAAGCUGGCAUAUUAAAAGAUAGUUUUUUUUUAAUUUGUAAAUAUAUUUGAGUGCUAUGAUUAAUUU